AUGCCUCCCAAGAAGACCGAGGGCGCCGCUGCUGCCCCCAGCAAGAAGUCCACCCACGCCAGCUACCAGGACAUGAUCACUGAUGCCAUCGUCGCUGUACGUUUUACCGCUCCUCCAUCUCCGGCGCAAAUGGUUCCCGUGACCUUCGAUCGCGCUACCACCCGUCACCGCCACGAUGAUGGACCACCCACUCCCAAGUUCCUCUUAACUGACUCACCACCCCUCCUACAGCUCAAGGACCGUAACGGAUCUUCUCGCCAGUCCCUGAAGAAGUACGUCAAGGCCAACAACCAGAUCAACACCGUUAGCGACAACAUGUUCGACUCCCUCUUCAACAAGGCCCUCCGCGCCGGUGUCGAGAAGGGUGUCUUUGAGCAGCCCAAGGGUCCCUCCGGUGGUACCAAGCUCGCCAAGAAGGCGCCUAAGCCCGCCGAGAAGAAGGCCCCCGCGAAGAAGGAGGCCAAGGAGCCUAAGGAGAAGAAGGUCGCCGCAAAGAAGGAGACCAAGGAGCCCAAGGAGAAGAAGGCUGCCGCUCCCAAGAAGGCCGCCGCCAAGAAGGAGACCAAGGAGGCAAAGGAGCCCAAGGAGAAGAAGGCCGCUGCCCCCAAGAAGGCUGCGGCUGAGAAGAAGGAGAAGAAGCCCGCCGCCAAGAAGGCUGCCGCCGCCAAGGAGGAGAAGCCCGCCGUCCUCAGCAAGACCAAGACUGGUCGCGUCACCAAGACUGAGAAGAAGGCAGCACCCGCCAAGAAGGAGGCAAAGGAGCCCAAGGAGAAGAAGGCCGCUGCUCCCAAGAAGGCUGCCGCCCCGAAGAAGGCAGCGCCUAAGAAGGCCGCCGCCGACAAGAAGGAGGCCAAGGCUGAGGCCCCCGCUGCCACAGCAUAA